AUGCCGCCGCGCAAAGAGCCGGGAAAAUUCCGAAGAUUCUGUCUCGGUACUUUUGGACUUUGCCCGAAACGGGACAGAGAGGUCGCUUUUGGUGUCGACCGCGUUGAAUCGAAGGAGGAGGCUAUUGCUGAGGCUGGGACAAAGGAGCACGACCCUGAGAUGACGUUGACCUAUGUGACAACAACGAUGCGCGGAGGCGGUGUGACCAUCGAUGAAAACGGCCUCGUUCUAGCCGUCGACGAAUCCACGCACUGGAAGUAUGCCGUCCAGAUCGGCGACAAAAUCCGAGCCUACGGCGGCUACAUCCCCUCGAUGGAAGUGAUCGAAAAUGUGGGACCAGGAUUGGUUCUGAUUGAAAAAAAGAUUCGCGACGCCGACGGCGAAACUUUGUUGGCAAUGGCGCUUCGAGAGGCGAUGCUGUGGGCUUUCUGCCUAGGGACUAUGUGCGCGACUUGCAUCCAACCUACAAUACAGAACGUGCGCAAACUGGGACACGUUAGUGUUUGCCAAGGGUGCCAGAAAGACGUCAAAAACUGGAAAGGGCACGAAGGAUGCGGCGGCGCGCACGAAAUCACUGACACAGACUUCAACCGAAAAUGCGUCGAGUGCAAAGUCAGAUUUGUGUGUCUGCCCGGUUUUGUUCCGACCAAAAAGCAGCUGGCCGUGCUGAACAAG